UAGGUGAUUGCCUUGAAAUACCUUGCUGUCAAACAUUUUUCAAAACAAACAUAUAUUUUGCUUACUGUAAAUCAUAAAUAGUUUAAAAAUGGAUACCAAUUAUUUUUUUAAAACAAAUAUUGAUAAAAUCCUUAGUGCUUUUGGAAAAACAAAUGAAGAUGUUAAGAGGGAUAUUGAGACAAUAAAAACCUGGCUUGAAGCUCAAAAGCAUUUGCCAGAAUUACCCAAUGAGAUUAUGAUUCGACAUUUCUUGGUGAAUAAUCAUUUCAGUAUAGAACGAACAAAACAAACAUUGGAUAUGUAUUACUCAGUGAGAACAAUAAUUCCAGAGGUCUUUCAGAAUACCAAUCCGACAUCUUUAAACAUGAAAGACGUGUACGAUUCAGUAGCAUUCUCUCCUUUGCCAAAUUUAACCCCAAAAUUACAAAGAAUAAUUUGCGCCAGGUAUAAUCCAAUUCCUGAAAAUUUCAAUAGCGAUAAGGGUGUCGCCAUUAUGGCUCAAAUAUAUGAAGUGAGGCUCUGGGAAGAUCUUUCGUUGGGUGAUAUUUUUAUUUUGGAUUAUCAACAUCUAAAGAUGGGACACUUAACCAAAGUAACACCGAAGAUGUUAAGGGAAAUUGCAUUUAUUUUUGAGGAAGUAUGGAGUAAAAGAAUCCAGGAAUUUCAUGUAAUCAAUGCUCCGAGCAUUGCGGAUCCUAUUGUUUCUCUAUUUAAGAAAUUUUUAUAUAAAGGAUUAAAAGAAAAAGUCUAUCUUCACAAGUCUCUGGAGGAGUUACAUUUACAUGUACCACAAUCCAUUCUACCAGUGGAGUAUGGUGGCAAUGAACAAUCUCUUGAUACUUUAUAUGAAUUGUGGAAAGUAAAAUUGCAGCAAUACAAAUCUCGUUUUGAUUUACUCGACAAGUUAUUCGUAAACGAAGAACUACGAACAUGUCCGUAUAAGAAUUGUGAUGUUUUGGGAUACUAUGGCAACUACAUGAAGUUGGAUGUUAGCUAAUUCAACAUAAUAAUAUACAAUUAACACAUAAUAUUUAGGAGAAGAAUCUAUUUGUUAUAAAAUUUUAUAAAUGUUUUUUAUUUUUGUAAUCGAAAUAAACAAUUUUUUGGUG